AUGCAGAAGUCUAAAAAGGACAACACCAUGGAUUUCAUAGAGUAUGUUGGCCUAAACCUUGUGCUUCGAGGACGGCUCGAGGAUAAACUAAAGUGGUCUUUCAUGUUUGACAACGAUGACAAUGGGCGACUGGACAGGCACGAGCUGAGAAUAAUUAUAAGGAUCAUCUACAAGAUAAAGAAAGGUUCUGUCAGUGACGAGGCAGGCCAAAUCCACCUUACACCUGAAGAGGUUUGUGACCGUAUCUUCCAGAAAAUUGACGAGAAUGGUGACGGUCAGAUAACUCUGGAGGAGUUUGUGGAGGGGGCAAAGAGAGACCCCUGGGUGCAAAAACUCAUACGCCUGGAUAUCAACCCCAGUUACUGGGUCCACCAGCACCUGAGMGACAGAAAACUCCAGAGUCRAAAACGAUGAACUAAAAUGUCAGACAGGGAGGAAGAGGACAUUGGUUCUCUCUAUUAAAGAGGAUCUGAACCAAAACAACAACUUCUCUGGUUGAAAACGGCCUGUAUUCAUUAUCAUCGACUCUACUCCCAUAAUAGGAUGAUCGUAAAGUCAGUAUCUCUCAAAAUGGGGAUUUGCUAGAUUUAGGAAAUUAAUGACAUUGCCAAAUCCUUGGAUAUUUGAGGAAUGUGUAUGGAUUUCAAUUAUUCCCAGCAUACUCACUCUUCGAGGAGUCAGAAGAAAGCGGAUGUUUCCAGUUUUCAUGGAUACAGUAUUUUCAACUUCCAUUUCUCCUGAAAAACGGAUGUGGGGACUUCGCUCAGGCAUCCUUUUGCAUCUGCUACAUUAGGUUAGAGCAUCCGGCAUGAUAUCCAAUUGUAGCAGCAGAAUCAACCUACAGCCCAUUUCUUUACAGACAGCAGAAAUUCCCAAUUGAGUCAUUAGCAUACAUCGCCUCAGGACUUAUUUGAUUGAGACCUUCUCCUACAAUGGCCUUCUCCUUCUCUUCUUCUUUGAGAAGGAGGCGAGGAAAGAGGACACGAAGAGUAUGCAUUUGAGAUUCUCCCAUUCAAUUUGUCGGGACAUGCUCUGCAAGGUGUCGAAA